GCACACUUUUCAUUCACACAUCUGAACAUAUAUUUCCUUGUGGAUUUAAUUGUUAUCCGUUGGUACGACCAAAACAAACCGAUAUAAUCAAAACGGCAAUAUUAAAAUCCAGUAGCUUGAAUAACAAGUGACGAACAGAGGAAACCGCUGGGACGCAUGCUGUUAUAUUUAUGGUUAUAUUCAUUGUUUUGUUUGGUAUCGUUAUGAAUCGUUUAUGAAUGUGAUUCUUAUUGGAACUGUUGUAGAUCAUCGAUUUCUCAACAAGGUGGGAAUAAACAGCUCGCAACAAGCCAGCAGAGAAAAGAAGCAGAAGAAACAAAAAUAAGUACUGACCAGUCACCAUCAUGCCCCGAUCUAACUUUUUGUUGUGUUUGAUGGUCUUCAUUUCCCUGGGACUGUCCGGGAGUGAUGAGCCAAACCUAUUCCUGCCGCCAGCAAGCGAGAUGCCCACGGAAGCCGGGUUGUCGCUGAUAGAGUUGGAGGAAGCUGGUGCGCACGAGUGCUCGGCAUGCGUUUGGCGAGAGCAGAGCAAGGUGCUAAGACUGGAGACCAUCAAAUCUCAGAUCCUGAGCAAGCUGCGACUCAAGCAGGCGCCUAACAUAAGCCGAGAAGUGGUGAACCAGCUGCUCCCUAAAGCGCCGCCACUGCAGCAGCUCCUGGACCAUCAUGACUUCCAAGGGGACGCUUCCUCGCAAGACGAAUUCAUGGAAGAGGACGAGUAUCACGCCACUACUGAAUCUGUCAUCACCAUGGCCUCGGAGCCGGAGCCCCUGGUCCAGGUGGACGGAAAGCCCAGCUGCUGCUUCUUCAAGUUCAGCCCCAAGCUGAUGUUCACCAAAGUGCUGAAGGCCCAGCUGUGGGUGUACCUGCGCCCGCUCCAGCAGACCUCCACUGUCUACCUGCAGAUCCUGCGGCUGAAGCCGGUGACCGAGCAGGGCAGCCGGCACAUACGCAUCCGCUCGCUCAAGAUCGAGCUCAACUCCCGCAUGGGCCACUGGCAGAGCAUCGACUUCAAGCACGUGCUGCAGCACUGGUUCAAGCAGCCGCACACCAACUGGGGCAUCGACAUCAACGCCUUCGACGAGAGCGGCAACGACCUGGCCGUCACCUCCCUGAGGCCCGGCGAGGAAGGACUGCAGCCUUUCCUGGAGGUGAAGGUUCUGGAGACGACCAAGCGCUCGCGGCGGAACCUGGGCCUGGACUGCGACGAGCACUCCACCGAGUCGCGCUGCUGCCGCUACCCGCUCACCGUCGACUUCGAGGCCUUCGGCUGGGACUGGAUAAUCGCGCCCAAGAGGUACAAGGCCAACUACUGCUCGGGCCAGUGCGAGUACAUGUUCAUGCAGAAGUACCCCCACACCCACCUGGUGCAGCACGCCAACCCCCGCGGCUCGGCGGGGCCCUGCUGCACCCCCACCAAGAUGUCGCCCAUCAACAUGCUCUACUUCAACGACAAGCAGCAGAUCAUCCACGGCAAGAUCCCGGGCAUGGUGGUGGACCGCUGCGGCUGCUCCUAGACCUCCCCCCCGGCCCCCCGCCCCCCCUCCCCAUCAGGACACCCCAACCGCCUUCUGCCAUUCGACUUAACUGAGCUCUCCCCAAACGCCAUUUCCUGCUCCCCCCACUCCCCCCCCCCACCCCCCAGAAAACUAUCUGACAGACCGCAAUCUCCCUACAUCCCCAUGCACAUCAGAAAGAGACAAAAAAUACAAAUUAAAAAAACGAAGGAAGAUGCUUUUAUAGGUAGUAAUUUUAGUGAAAAUUGGAAAAAAAAUACAUGAAUGAAAUAUAAAACAUAAAGACAGGACUUUAGCAAAACCUUAGGAAUAUAUAUUGAAGGGAGAGUGUUAUGGAGCAGCUGGAAAGCCUAGGGUAAAGUGAAAAAAGCUAUGUUUUUUGUUUGGUGUUUGUAGUUUUGUGGUUGUUUUUUCAUUCAAAAGUCUAAAAAAAAAAAGUAUCGGGUUCUCAGUUAAGAUUUUCUGUGGUAAUCUGGUUCUUGAAUCCAGAAUUGUGUACAUCUGCCCCCAAACACAGUGGGACAUCACACAUUUAACACUCAAGUUUAUUCAUUUUUUGUGCAGGAAUGUUUUUUCUGUCGAGGGGUUGCAUGGUAAAAUUAACCAUACAUCCUCAUUCAGCUGAUUUGAACUUAAAGACUGGUGCACAAUUUGGAAAGCUAUUUAACAUGGGUGAAGGUAAAAAAAAUCAAUUAAGGCACUCAAAGUUUUUUGUAAAUACAGAUUCCAAAUAAGCUCAGAAUUUUUUUAAGAGACAAGAUUUAAAAAACACUUGUCUUUGAUGUUCCUUUUCCCUAUUAAAUUCCUCAAAACGCGUUUAAUUUGUAUAUUUAGAGACGCUUAAGAGUUCAAAAGAUUCAAAGACAAUUUUUCAGCUCCCUCCCUUCAGAUGGGAGUUGCACCUCGGUGUGAAAUUCUUGGCACCCUUUCACUGCUACUUUGAUCUUCUUUUACUUGUAAUCUUGUAAAAAGACAAGAAAAGGAGGAAGAAAAGAAAGAAAAAGGUUUAUUUCACUACCUUUUAAGAGCCAACAGGAAAGGGUGGCUGACCUGAUUAGAACACUGAGGUAAAACCAGAACGGCACCAACUCAAGUAGCCUUUUAUCAAUUCCUUAUAUUGUUUGGCUUAAGCUGGGAAUUGAAUGGCUUAAUUCUGGAAAACAUUCAGGGCAGUUUCACAGGAGAUGUAUGAAUAACGCAGUGGGAGUGUGUGUUUAUAUAUAUAUAUAUAUAUCUGUAUAUGUAUAUGUAUAUAUAUAUAUAUAUAUAUGUUGAGGAAAGAGCAGAAUAUCAAAAACUAUUGCCACUAUCUUUUGCCAAACCCAGAAUGACACUGGCGAUCUAAGUCCCUGUCUUAACCGUUUUGUGUCCCAAAAGUUAUACAAAGCUGUACAGCCCGUUACGGGGUUUUGACGGUUAACCGUUGACAAAAUGGGCUGUGCUCCCCAGGCCACACAAAGUCCAAACGAGAAGACAAGAUAUUUAAGCCAUGAAAGGGCAAGCCCUAUACUCUACAUUCUCCUAAUGAAGCGCUUUAUCUACAAUACAUGUGCCCCAAUUGCACUGUGCUCGGACACGGGUCCAACUAAUAUUAUAUAGAUUAUGUAAAGCACGAAAGAGAUUUCUUUUGAGGGCUUCCGCAUGAAGAAAACUAUAGAAGAUGCAUUUGAUCUUUUAGUUUCUGUUUCUACAUUACUCACAAUCAAAGAAAUCACUAGUCCCAGUUUUAUAUUUUAAAUAUUAAGGUGCUAGAUUUCAAAAUACUCAGAUAGAUGAAAGGUUUUCUGAGGUUUCACGUUUUAAGAGUCAGAAAGUAGCUAGUAUGUAGAUAAAUGACAUGGGAGUUUACCCAAGCACAUGGAAAAGUUGAUACUGUUGAUUACCUUUCCCCCAAAGUUUCAGAGAAUUUACAUGAAUAUACUGUAUAUAUUUUGUAAUUGUUCAGGAUUUAUAUGGAUGUUAUACUGUUGAUUACAUUCCUCCCUUGUCCCUUGUCUUUAAAAUGAGCCAGCCUGGCUGUGUUAAUGCAGGGGGGGGGUAACCGUUCUCAUGCUGUGCACCCUCACUCGAUACUCCCCCGCCGCCCCCCCCCCCCCCCCCCCCCCCCCCCCAAACCACAGCCCUUUCACAUAGAAUUCCAAGGAGAAUGAUGACCAAAUCUGUGCAUUAAACAGCCCCCCCUCCCUCGCUAUGCUUUCAAAGGCAGGUAUGCCAGCUGGGGUGCAGGGAUUUUUAACAUUACCAUAAUACUAAAGGGGGAGGGGAGGGGGGGGGGGGGGCGGGGGGCGGGGGCAAGUGCGAUCGAAGUACUCACCAGUCAGUAAAGGGAAUGAUUUAAUCCAUGUUGGGUCAAUUUGGAGAUACUGUCAAUGGUGUGCAUAAGAAUGUAACUCAUUGCCGUUGCUAGUGUAGAAAAGUAUAUCGAGUAAACAUUGAAAACGAGACCCGACCCAUAAGGAUCGGUGCUUGAACAACGUGAAGAUUUGAAAGCUGAAGUCUGUCUCCUGGAUGUCCGAGCGAUGAUAUCGCUUGUUGGAAACGAAAGCACUAUGCUGUUGGAUAAAGGAAGAGCCUUCAGACAUUAUAUAUAAAUAAUAUAUAUGAUUUAAAAAGGGGUACAAAAAUCCUUUCUGGGCACUCUACCUUGCCAACAAUAAAUUUUGCACUAUGGGAAGUUAAUGCUGAGAGGAGUUGUGUUAUGGUUUUGUGUUUGUAUUUUACCUUAUUGAGCACAUGAGCUUGACCAUGGAUAUUUUAAAUGAAGAAGAAGAAAAAAACUGUCUAAGCUUCUGGCAACACACAGUGUGGAUAAAGUAGUGAGUCCAUGUCCUCUUUUGUUACUGCCAUGCCUUUCUCCUCGAUUCAUCUGAAGCGGAAGCCUGAUCCCCCCCACCCCCCCCACCCCCCCUUUCAGCCUGUCACAUGACCCAAGGAUGCAAAUGUUGUGGAUCCACUGGCCCUGGAGAUACUACGCUGUUUGAAAAUGAGCUCUGCGUCGUCACACGUCCAAACUGAGGAAUAUGGAACGCUUUAACAGGAAGUAAACCGCCCCCCACCCCCACCCACCUCCAACCCCCCUUCCCUUCUUACCCUCCUCCAUCCUCACGUGUGAGUUGAAAUGACAUCUCUGAUCUCAGAAUGCGAGGGACUUGUCUUGAUUGUCUUAGGCACAUUUUGCCUUUUUGCGUUUAAUAUGAAAUACCUAUGAUUUAUUAUAUGGGCAGUGAACCCAAACGUUGUCAGCCAAAGUUGGAGUGGAAAAUAUGUUGUGUACUGUAACUCACGCGUUGACGAGUUAGAAUGCUGUUUGCUGAUGGGGGGGGGAAUUAAAAGAUUGCAUAACACAGUGACAUCCACCCAAAAACUAAACAUCGGGCUAACCUUUAUUCAAAAACAAGAAAAUACAUUAAUAUGAAAAUAUCUACCUCACUAAAUCAUUCUCCAACCUUGCACCACUGAAUUUGAGAAUAGGUUUUACAUAGCUGUUAAUAUACGUGACCAUAUGCAUAUUUACCCACGAUUUGUGCCCUAAAUUUAAAAUGUUAAUCCCUCUCUCAGGUUAUUGGAGAAACUGGACAGUUGAAUUCACAAGUGUUCUGAGAGGACUACUGAAUUAAACACCUGAACACAUGAGCCGAGUAGCAAAUAUGCCGUGCCCUUUGGACCAUUGCUUAACACUGGUUGAUGUCAUUUCCGAAAGUUACAACUUUUGAAAUUUCUUUGUGUGUAUACUUGUAUGUGUGAGAGUUUGUUCAUAUAUAUACAGUAUGAGAGGAAUUACUCCUCUGUGUAAAUAGAACUCAAAUGUUCACAUUUUAUCGUUCUCAGACAGGUUCUCCGCUUCCAGUACCUUUUUUUUUAUUUUUUGUUUCCCCUCCAUGUUGUGCAGAAAAUAUUCAUCCCACGUGCAGUAUGAUGGUUGUGUAUAUGAUAACUGUUCUAUUGUUUUUUCUCUCUUUUUUGUUGCUUGUCCAGCCUUUUUCUUUUUGUACAAUAAAUCAUUUAUUUAGCCUAA